CAUUAACUGUGCCUCCCAAAAUUUCCCUUGGUCUGGCCGGUGACUCUUUGCCCAGGCGGAAAUGGCACGUUGUAGCGGCCAUGUCCCAACUCAUCACAUCGUUGGCGUCAACUAUAAGUAGCCUGUGUCCUCACACGUCUUCGGGAUCAUAAUUCACAAAGCAUCUCUCAAAGAAAAUCUCUCUUGUUCACUCUCGAAUAUCUUCACUCGCUUAUAACAAACCAACCACCAAUAUGCAGACCAAGUACAUCUCCCUACUCGCCGCUGCGGCUGCUACCGCCGUCUCUGCCACUCAAGUCAAGCGCGUUGACGUCGUUCACAUCUUCGAGACUCUCCACGUCGGCAAGCACAUCCCCAGCUUCACCCCCAACAAGCGCUCUGUCAAUGCCAUCUUUGAGCGUGACGACAAGGAGGAGUGCCAGAGCUCUGCCAUCUCUAUCCUCCGAAGCGCACCCACUGCCAACAGGGACCUCGAGUCCUGGGCUCUUACUGCUGAGACCACCGACCCUUGCACUCUCACUGCUCCCUCUUCGCUGUCUUCGGAACUCUUGAGCUACAUGACCGCCGUGGUUGAGUGGUCCAACGAGAAGGCCGAUGAUAUGCAGGAGCUUGUUGACAAGUGCCUUGAUGGGGAGGAUGCCAACGAUGCCAAUCUGGCCGCUUGCCCUACUCCUGGAACCGUCAUCUUUACUGCUGCUACCACCACAGAGACUGUCCAGCUCAAGACUGUUCUCGAGACAUUCGCUACUCCUGGUGCUUCUUCAACUGGCAGCGCUGGCAGCUCUGGUGGCUCUGAUGACGCUGACAAGACCAACGCCGCUGCUCCUCGUGGCGCCAACUUGUUCGCUGCCGUUGCCGCUGUCGGUGUCGCUGGUUUCAUGGUUGCUGCUUAAGGCCUUUGAUUUGGGCAUUAAUGGACGGGUCGAUGCUUAAUGGAUGAAAAUCACUUUACGGAAUUGUCAUGUUUAGAUGAUGGGUAGAACGGAUUGGCUUCUGUAUGAUAUCCCGUGCAGAAUACUGCACUUUACUUUAAAUGAUAUAUUUAAUAGUUAUCGAAUAUUUCCUUGUACUGUGCUCUAGCUGACU